AUGCUUAGCAAUAUCUUUAAUGUUACAGCCAAUCUUCCUUUCAGUUAUAAAAUUAUCGGAGGCGAUUUCAACUUGCCAGAAGUAUCAUGGUCUUCACUCCGAGGACCCCAAAGGUACGAUAAUCUCAUAAAUUCCAUCGUCACAGGAGGGUGGACACAACACAUAAAUUCACCCACUAGAUCCGCAAAUAUCCUAGACCUUAUUUUCACGAACAACAUAACGCCAUCUACCGUACAUGUUGGACAUGAAUUUCCAGGUAGUGACCAUAGAAUAGUAGUUUGUUCUUUUGACAUCUUUCCUGAAACAAAACGCAGAGAUGAAGCUGGCCAGAUACCUAUGAGAUUGUACACACAUGCUGACUGGGACUUGUAUCAGCACCUAAUUAGAUGUUCUAAUUGGGACUCGUACUUUUCGAACCAGUCCUUAGAUGCAAUUCUUAACAACUUCUAUCAGAAUAUUAACUCAAUUCACGACGUCAUUGCACCCGAGAAGAUUCUUAACUUCAGAUUCCCCCAAAGUGAUUAUAUUCCGACAUCGUUUAGAAGAAGUCUACGUAAGCACUCAAUAAAAUACUACAGAUAUCAUGACUUAUCGUCAUUAAUUGCCAUAACGUCCCUUCUCAGUAGAAUUGAAGAGUUGAGAAAUAUAGGCCUCAGAAACAAAGAAAUGCAGGCCAUUCAUGCACCGCAUAACUCAGGAGAAAUAGCCAAACUUUUUAAAAAUGACUAA